AUGCGUAUUUGCCAGGGGCGUCUGGGUUAAUGCGGUGAAUUUAACCACACCGUGCAUUUUUGAAGUUUGGUGCAACUUUUACGACCUCGUGGUCCGAUCGGGGGCGUGAACAAACUUCGGGGCACAUGUCACACUGAGCAGCGAGCAGAAACACCAGCAGCGGGUCAGACCGAGCAGGGCUGAGCUCCACGGCGGAACGCAGAGCCGCUCCGGGCCGUUCCCACGCACCGGCUCCGAUCACAGGAAGGCGAACGGGUGGGUGGAGGUUUCCACGGCCACAGCUUGUGUCCCAGUUAUGGAAAAUGUGCUUCAUGAUCUCCCUUGGCAAAGUGAGUUUAUCAGUAUUUGUGUUCGGGAUGCAAGACUCCAUAAAUCUGACCUCUGGCACACAUACGUUGACUAUGAGAUCUGCUUACACACCAAUAGCAUGUGUUUUAGGAAGAAGACUUCCUGUGUAAGGCGGCGUUAUAGUGAGUUUGUUUGGCUGCGUCAUUGUCUGGAACAGAAUGCGCUGAUCAUUGUGUUGCCCAAGUUGCCGCCCAGAAACCCCUUCUUCAGCCUGUCAAACACAGAGCAGGUCAUGCAGAGGAUGAAAGGGCUGCAGGAGUUCUUGGAAAGUGUUGUUCAGACGCCCCUAUUGCUGUCAGACAGUCGCCUCCAUCUGUUCCUCCAAUCAGAUCUCAGCAUCACAAAGAUUGACAGGUGCGCUCAAGGUAAGACGAGGUACACGGUGGCUGAAGCCAUCCAGCGCUCCAGGUGUGACUGCAUGAACCAGUCGGAGGACAAGGUGUCCAGCGACUCGGACUGCGAAAGCACUUCAUCAUCGGGCUUGGGACACAGUGUGGACAUUUCAGUGCGAGAAAGCCCCCUCCCCUUCUUGGAGUCGUCACAUGGAGACAAGCAUCUGUUCGGCUCCCUGUCAGAAUGCCCCACCCCGCUGACUAAGGCAUGACGCCUUCACCCCUUAUUAGUCUAGUGAUUGGAUUUUGAUUCACUCAGUUUUUGUUUUUUCCUUUAACUUUCAAAAAGCAUUACCCACCCACCCCCCUCCGAUCUUGGCUUUAUUUUCCUCUUAAGCAUUUGUUUUAAUAAUGAGGUUUAGUUUUACCAAUGUGAUACCCUUUUUUAGUUGAUCUGUGUACCGAGAAGAAUGGUUUCAUGUUUUUUUUUUUAAUGUAUAGUAAAAGUACAUUUCAUAAUGGACUGUCAAUUCUUGAAUUUUUUUUUAAUUAGUACUAAAGCUCAAAUUGGCCUUGAUCUCUGAAUUGUAGACAAUGUUUUAGAAAAAUAAUUCCUUUUAUAUGUUAGAUAAAUAAAUGUUUCAUUUUUGUUUUGAGGAAAAUGAGGUUUGUGAACAUUCUGUUUAUUGCUGAAAAGAUGAAGUGGCAUCACAGGCAUGACCUUUUAACUCAUCCAUGAAUAGAGCUGAUGUGCACAUUUCCAUCAGCCCAGUAGAGGGAGUGUAGACAUCGCAGGACCUCCAACUGGUGAUUAAUAUCCAGUGCUGUUAAAGUUAGAUCAGAGCUUUUGUGCACUAGUUCAUGUACAAAUGAUAGUUGCACUUGCUUUUGUUUCCUGGGUCUGUAGAGGAAAAUCAGAUGUGCAUAGACCUGAGGCUGCUUUAUUAGAAAUGCUUUUAAUAUCUCAUUUUCAACAUUUCCCCAGAUCUUUUGUUUAACGGCAGAAUCUCCUCAUUUAAUUAUGAUUAGAUGUUACUGAUGUGCAUUUUCAUUGCUGUUGAUGCUGGUCCACUGCUACUCGCAUGUGAGCGCUGUCCCAGGUGGGACCGUCUAAUUAAAAGGAGACAGCAAAUUAAUUUAACCAUUACAGACUGCACCUGAGAAUUACCUGAGAGAAACACGAGCAUUGAAACAACAGUGUGUGUGUGUAUUUUUGGUUGGGGGGUGACGGGGCGUUGUGGACAGCCCAGUAAAUUGAAAG